ACACACACACACACACACACACACACAGACAAACACCUUCUCCAAGGGCUGCUGAUCUCCGGGCAGCAGGAAGGGGGGGGGGGUUUCAGCCCCAUACGAUCCAUCAGUGUAGGGAGGGAGGCAGGGAGAUCCCACAGAACACAGCACAGCUCACCUGCUCCGGGCUUAUUCCUCUCCGACACUUCUUCUCUCCCUGCUCCAGUCUGUCCCCUGGUCCCGGCUCAUCAGCUGCUAGAGGGAGAGGUACAGGAGCAUCGCUCUGCAACUGCCCUCCCCCGCAUCGAU